AUGGGGUCUUGGUUUCCACGGAAGCAAGCUGUUCCUAUUGGGACUCUGAAAGGCGACCUCCCGGAAGCGGUCAUUGCGGAGGACAUCGACCAUGCCUCCGUCGCCCAAUCAUCAAUUGAGAAACUCGACUCAUUGAGUUCCGAUAUGCUAACACAGGGCGCACUAUGGAGAGACCUGUUAGCUCUGACAGGAACAGUGAGAACAUUCUAUGGUUCCCAGGCCGUGUCCUCGGCCUGGCAGGAGCUCUCGGGUCGGCAUCACCCGCAUAAUUUCAAUAUUAUUCCUGAGUCGUCCCACAUCAUGAGAGUGGGACCUGAUAACUCCUGGGUUCAAGCAAGAUUUACGUUCGAGACCAAUGGAAACCCAGGGGUGUUAGGAUCGGGGUUCAUUGGCCUUGUACCUGACCUUCCAAGCGGGAAUUGGCGGAUAUGGCUGCUGAGCACACUGCUUGAACAGAUCAAAGGUCACCCGAACUGUGAUCUCUUCGAAUCUGAGUCAAAAGCUGGGUCUGCGAGACCUCGAACCUACUGCCUGGAGGCUUCAAAAUCCUCUAGCUUUGAUUGCGUCAUUGUAGGCGCGGGUAUGGCAGGUUUGAGCGUUGCUGGCCGUCUAGAGACACUGGGAGUAUCAUAUGUUAUCCUCGAAAAGAAUCCUCAGAUCGGGGACAACUGGAUGAACCGUUAUGACUCUGCUACGCUUCAUACAUCUAAAGACUACGGUCAUCUUCCGUUCUCGCGUACAUUCCCACCGGAGGAUCCCUAUUUCCUCAAAAGGACAGAUCUUGCUCGUGGCUAUCAGAGAUACGUAAAUCAGUACGGUAUUAAGAAUGUCUGGCUCAAUACCACGCUCGAGUCCGCAUCCCGGAAUGAGAAAGACAAUAUGUGGAUUUUGAAUUACAAACAGAACGGGUCACUCGAUUCGUCUGUUAUCUGUGCUCGCCACCUUGUUUUAGCCUCUGGUUCUGGUCAGACACCCGUGAUGCCAGAAGUCCCAAACAAGAAAAUAUUCCAAGGCGAAGUUUUGCACUCUGUCGAUUAUAAAUCUGCAAAGGCAUGGACGGGCAAAAAGGGAGUGGUAAUCGGGUCGGCCAAUACAGCCCAUGACGUUGCAAGUGAUAUGCUUGAUGCUGGUUUGGAAUCAGUCACUAUGGCGCAACGGAACCGUACAUGUGUCAUACCAGUUGAAUACCUUAAUCAAGAUCGUUUCUACAACUCCGAUGUUCCGACAGAGGUCGCAGAUAGAAUCCAGUUAUCCUUGCCUAUUGCCGUUUCCCGGAAAAUUGCCAUGAAGCACAUGGCCAGCAUGGCGGAUAAAGAGCACGAACGUUUUGAUGCUUUGGAGCGUGCCGGUUUCCGAGUCGGGCGAUACGGCGACAUAUUUGAGUUUCUCUGCGUGAGGCUCGGAGGCCACUACCUUGAUGUUGGAUGUUCUGCAAAGAUUUCAGCAGGACUUAUCAACAUGAAAACUGGCGUGACACCUAUUGCCUACACACCUACUGGGCUUGAAUUCAGUGACGGAUCUACCUUGGAUGCUGAUGUCAUCGUUUUCUGUACUGGGUUCGAAGGCAACCUGCGCCACACGGCGGCCAGUAUAGUUGGGUGGGAUAUUGCAGACAAGUUGGAAGACUACUUCGGAGUUGACGAAGAAGGUGAGAUUCGCGGAGCAUGGAAGCCAAUGAAUUAUCCUGGAAUAUGGUAUACUGGUGGUUCAAUCGCACAUGCCAGAUUCUUCUCAAGAUUGAUUGGAUUGCAGAUCAAGGCUGAUGUUGCGGGGGGACCUUUGGAACAGUACAACAAAACACCCAUGUGA